AAUUUUUCAUGUAUAUAUGUGUAAUCAACCAAUCCGCUCUUAUGACAAUGUCAAAUUAGGCUUAAAUGUCAGUUUGGCUAGCCUGCGACGCGGACAGUUAACCUCGCUCCUCUCGAAGGCAAGAGUCAGCAACGAGCGCGACGAACCAAUCGCUGCUCGCAUUACGACACACCCUUUAAAUGCUCGUUUCGUUUAUUUUCGAGAUCCCAACGAGGUAGUGACUGAUAAAAGAUACGUUUAUCUCAUUACGAACAUCUUCUAAUAGGAUUUUGAUGUUCGUCGGCCUAUAACCAAUCGGAGCACUAUGACAGAACAGCAAAUGGAUUGUGCAUUAGACCUGAUGCGAAGACUGCCACCGCAACAAAUCGAGAAGAACCUUAGUGACCUAAUCGAUUUGGUUCCUUCAUUAUGUGAGGAUCUAUUGUCUUCGGUAGAUCAACCAUUAAAGAUUGCCAAGGACAAGGAGUCUGGCAAGGACUAUCUUUUGUGUGACUACAACAGAGAUGGAGAUUCAUACAGAUCUCCUUGGAGCAACACUUAUGAUCCGCCGCUAGAGGAUGGCUCGAUGCCUUCCGAACGACUAAGAAAACUGGAAAUAGAUGCCAAUCAUGCUUUCGAUCAAUAUCGAGAGCUCUAUUUCGAAGGCGGAGUGUCUUCGGUAUACUUGUGGGAUCUGGAUCAUGGAUUUGCAGCGGUGAUUCUUAUCAAGAAGGCUGGCGAUGGUUCCAAGAAGAUUAAAGGUUGUUGGGACUCGAUACAUGUGGUGGAAGUGCAGGAGAAAUCAACUGGUCGCACUGCUCAUUAUAAACUCACAUCAACAGCCAUGCUGUGGUUACAGACCAACAAGCAUGGCUCUGGUACAAUGAAUCUGGGUGGCAGUUUAACACGUCAGGUAGAACAAGAUGCUCAAAUCAGCGAAACAUCCCCUCAUAUUGCGAAUAUCGGCAGAAUGGUGGAAGAUAUGGAAAACAAGAUCCGCAAUACACUGAACGAGAUCUACUUUGGUAAAACAAAAGAUAUUGUGAAUGGGCUGCGAUCGGUACAAUCUUUGGCUGAUCAAAGACAGCAGGCUGCACUCAGGCAGGAUCUUGCGGCAGCACUACAGAGGCGAAACGCCAAUAAUUGAUCCUGUGAACACCAAGAAAACUUCAAUUAUGAUUGCGAAUAAAUUUCACGGUAUUUAUAGAUCCUUUAACUUUGCUUAGGAUCUUUCAAUUUUUCACAGACGUUUUUAUAUUUUGAAAUCCGUGGAAUCUUCUUUUAGAUUCUCUUAGAAAUGCUAAAUUUCUUAUGACUUUUAUCUGUUUUCUAACAGUCUUAAAAUCUUUUUAGACAUUUGGGAAUUUUAAAUGCUGCAAUCAAAAUUUUUUUAAGUCACACAGUAUCCAUAGAAAUCGUAGAAUUCCUGAAAUCAAAGUCAAUUUAUAUUUUUCAAAUGUGACAUUUAUUACAGCAUUUUGUUGCCCAAACACAUGGAUCAAUCACGAACGCGUUGAUUAAACCUAAACAGUAUGAAAUAAUUUGUUUAAUAUGGAAUGAAAUAGAAUUUAUUGUAAAUAUGCGGGAAAGGUGCAACGCGUUUUAGAAUGGUAAAUUAGAUAAAAAAAUGUAAAAUGCAAAAGAAAGAGUGAGUUAUAAUGUUAUAGUAUAACAUUUACUAUACAUGAAAGGAGACCUCGAAAAAAUUACAUUAAUUUUUAGCAAUUAGCAAUUUUCUCUUUCGGUUUGUAUUGUUUGAUAUACAGGGUGUCCCGAAAUUUUUGACACACCCGAAGUGUGAAAGUAGAUUGGGUCAAACUGAGUCGAAAAGUAUCCUGUACCAUUUUCCUCUAUAACGCUUCAGAAAGAAGUUAUUAUUGAGUAAAGCCUGGCGAAUCAGCGCCGAUCUUUAGCCGGACACACGUCAAUGAGCCGCGCGCCUGGUAGUGGUGUGCCGCUGUAACAGCUGAACGCUCACGCACUCUCAGGCGCGCGGCUCACCAACGCUUGACUAAAGAUCGGCGAUGAUUGGGCCAGACUUUAUUCAAGAAUAACUUCUUUGAAGCGUCAUAGAGGAAAUUUUAUUCAAUAAUAACUUCUCUGAAGCGUUAUAGAGGAAAAUGAUACAGGACUUUUUUAUUCAGUUUGGCCUAAUUUAUCUUCACACUUCGAGUGUGUCAAAAGUUUCGGGACACCCUGUAUAUAUGAAAAGAUGGUAAUAACUCUAUAACAUUUUUGAAAUGUUUAAAAAAAUAUCAAUAUUUCGCUUAUAUAUGUGUAUACUGUUUAGGAUUAAAUUUAAAAUCAUGUAAUUAAAUGCUGAAACUGAUAUAUGUAAAGUUGAAAAAGAAAUAUCGCAUCGCAAUUAUUGUAAGAUGAAAUCUGUCUUCACAAAUGAGAAGCUCCUUGAAAACUAUACAUAGAAAUUAUAAAUUUAUCUUUAUUUAUAUAAUUAAUAUUGAUUAAAUACGAAUUUAAACUUAAAGUUUUUGUAACAUUUAGGUGUAUUGAAGAAUAUCCCGUUUACAUAUUUAAAAUUAAAUUUUAAUAUAGCUCACACAUCCUCCGAGGGAUAGUAUAUAAAACAAUUUAUUUACGUAAAAAUCCAAAAGGAGCGAUUGCAUUUUGCAUUUGUUAUAAUGAUAAUGAAUCCAUAUUUAGUGCGCAAAUAAAAGUUUUCAAAUUAAAUUUUAUUUGUUUGUAUUAAAUAUUUUAUGAGUACAAAAAUCUGUCAGUACCAUAGAUCCUCGAAGUCACAGAUCCUUGAUAUCGCAGCGGGGAGGGGCGGGGGAGGAUAUACAUGAUAUUUAUAUAUAUUCUGGAAUUUGACGGAUCUUUGAUACUACAAAUCCUUGAACUGGUGAGUUAUUAGAAUCUCAAAGAUCGCCAGUACCAUGAGUCCUUGCGUCUUUAAAAUAAUUGUUAAGAAUUUUUACUUCAUCCUGAUUCUUGAAAUUUUUGAAUCUUUGAUACAUGAGAUAAUGUCGACAUAUUAAAGACUCUUGGUAUGAAUCCUUGAAAUCUUGUGUAAACGACUGCGCAACCAUACAUUUCGAGAAUCUCGCAUAUUCUAUGAUUCAUAGGGGUGCGCUUAGAUUAUUUCUCAUAUUAAGGAGGCACACAAAAAUAACGAAUAGAAUUUGUAAGUACGUAAAACACAAGAAAAAGAAAAGCAUAUUUUUUACGUUAGUGCCUUUUUUACACUUUUGUGAAUUACACCACCUCCCCCCAAUUACCCAUAUAAAUUAUUUUACUAUUACAUAUAUUAUUAACUUAGUGAGAUGUAAUUUAAUAUUUUUUUGCAAAUUUUGAAUAAUGGCAGUGUGCGGGCGAGUCAGUCUAAGAAAGGACUGAAAAAGAAAAGACAUCACCACACAUCAUUUCUCUGCGUGAAUAUUUUUUUCACUAUGUCUAUACUAUUUUUUUUUUUUUUUUUAAAUUGAUUUCUUCUUUUUUGGUUAUAGAGUUAACAAUCAAAAUAAUUAUGAACCUGGUCCAACAUAGCACACAUAGAUUACAGACGCUGAUUUAUUUCUCAUAUUAAUUAAUUAUUCGAUAUUUUGUUUAUUUCGAUUAUAAUAGAUGAGUUUUCGAUUUUAAUGUCGUCGCCAAAAGAUCAAAGUCAUCAAGGAAGGCGUUAUUUCGAAUUCCCUUUUAUAAAUGAUUAAAACGGAAUUUUACAAAACAUAUAAUUUUAAUAAAGAGGGAUAUAUGAGGAUAAUAUUUAUUAUAUAUACAUUGAAAUUUACAUGUAUAUAUAUUUGACGAUUUGAGGUCUUCGUAUCCAUUUGUAAAAUAAAGGAAUUUUAUUAAAUGUUUGAAGGACAUUUAAUCGCUAGGAACAUAUUUGAAACCGUAAUCCUAGCACGCUAACACAAAGCUCGAAAUGUGGAAGGAUUCUUGUAGCAAGUUAUAAGCAAUCUAAAUGUUUUACAGGAAAAAUAAAUUAAAAAUUAAAAAAAAUU